AUGGCCCAACAUUUAGAAUCAAGCUUCUCGAUUCGUAACUUAUUAGCAAAUGAAGAUGGCACCAACACAGCGCUAACACCACCACCAUCUGAUAUAUCCAUGUCACCGAACGAAUCGAUGUCGUCUAACGAAGGAAACUGCGGAAAUCGUCCCAACUAUACAUAUAGCGAUUUGGUGACCAUGGCRAUUCGCAGCAGCCCUGAGGGUAAACUGACUUUGARUGCUAUACAGAACUGGAUUAGUGAAAACUUUCCUUACUACCGAAAAGAUGAGCARGGCUGGCARAAUCAGAUAAGACAGACAYUGAGCACGAACUCACAUUUCCUGAAGKUACCACGACCUUUGGGCGAUCCCGGACGUGGCAACUAUUGGACAGUGAGUCCGGAAUUGGCCGCUGGUUGUAUGGCUGACAAUGGAACUGCAUUUGGGCCUUUACUUAAUGGCGUAACGCAUCCCGAGUUGCCGAACGCAGUCUAUUUCCCCACGCCACAAGAAAUAGAUGCCACUCAGCGGGCAAUGCAUGAGCAGCAGGCAUAUUUUGUAAGAUCUCUUAUUGUUUUCAAACUUAAGGUUCUUACCAGUCUGGAUUUAGGAACAUAUGAAUUUCCAACAUUCUUCUACAUUGGUUAUGGCGGCAAUAACACCUUUUUCUGA